AUGAGGAUUUACUGCCCAAGCGAUGGUAUAAUGUUCCCGAAAGAGUGUGUUGUAUUGGAAUAUGAUAGACGCGUUCUCUGGGUUGACCUGCUAAGGGGUUGUCUAAGGAAGGGUGGGAGAAUGGAAGAACAGAAAGACAGAGAAUGGAAGGACAGAAAGAUAGAGAAUAGAAGGACAGAAAGACAGAGAAUGGAAGGACAGAAAGACAGAAUGGAAGUAUAGAAAGACAGAGAAUGGAAGGACAGUCAGACAGUGAAUAGAAGGACAGUCAGACAGAGAAUGGAAGGACAGAAAGGCAGAGAAUACAAGGACAGUCAGACAGAAAAUUGAAGAACAGUCAGUCAGGGAAUGGAAGGACAGAAAGAUAGAGAAUGGACAGAGAAAAAAGACAGAGAAAGGAAGGACAGUCAGACAGGGAAUGGAAGGACAGUAAGACAGAGAAUGGAAGGAUAGUCAGACAGGGAAUGGAAGGACAGUCAGACAGAGAAUGGAAGGACAGAAAGACA